AUGUCGGAUUACCAAUGGUCAUCUGACGAGGAAUGGUCCACAGAAAUAACAGGUAUUUCAGAAAUUGCAACUUCAAUAUCAACAUUAACUACAGAUCAGCAAACACCAACAGUAGUUACUGGUGAAACAGAGACACCCACUGAUCAACAAACACCAACAGUAGUUACUGAUAGAACAGAGACACCCACUGAUCAACAAACACCAACAGUAGUUACAGAUGAAACAGAGACACCCACUGAUCAACAAACACCAACAGUAGUUACUGAUGAAACAGAGACACUCACUGAUCAACAAACACCAACAGUAGUUACUGAUGAAACAGAGACACCCACUGAUCAACAAACACCAACAGUAGUUACUGAUGAAACAGAGACACCCACUGAUCAAGAACCACCAACAGUAGUUACUGAUGAAACAGAGACACCCACUGAUCAACAAACACCAACAGUAGUUACUGAUGAAACAGAGACACUCACUAAUCAACAAACACCAACAGUAGUUACUGAUGAAACAGAGACACCCACUGAUCAACAAACACCAACAGUAGUUACUGAUGAAACAGAGACACUCACUGAUCAACAAACACCAACAGUAGUUACUGAUGAAACAGAGACACUCACUGAUCAAGAAACACCAACAGUAGUUACUGAUGAAACAGAGACACCCGCUGAUCAACAAACACCAACAGUAGUUACUGAUGAAACAGAGACACCCACUGAUCAACAAACACCAACAGUAGUUACUGAUGAAACAGAAACACCCACUGAUCAAGAACCACCACCAGUAGUUACUGAUGAAACAGAGACGCCCACUGAUCAACAAACACCAACAGUAGUUAAUAAUGAAACAGAGACACUCACUGAUCAACAAACACCGAAAGUAGUUAGUGAUGAAACAGAUACACUCACUGAUCAAGAAACACCACCAGUAGUUACUGAUGAAACAGAGACACCCACUGAUCAAGAACCAACACAAGUAGUUACUGAUGAAACAGAGACACCCACUGAUCAACAAACACCAACAGUAGUUACUGAUGAAACAGAGACACCCACUGAUCAAGAACCACCAACAGUAGUUACUGAUGAAACAGAGACACCCACUGAUCAACAAACACCAACAGUAGUUACUGAUGAAACAGAGACACUCACUAAUCAACAAACACCAACAGUAGUUAUUGAUGAAACAGAGACACCCACUGAUCAACAAACACCAACAGUAGUUACUGAUGAAACAGAGACACUCACUGAUCAACAAACACCAACAGUAGUUACUGAUGAAACAGAGACACUCACUGAUCAAGAAACACCAACAGUAGUUACUGAUGAAACAGAGACACCCGCUGAUCAACAAACACCAACAGUAGUUACUGAUGAAACAGAGACACCCACUGAUCAACAAACACCAACAGUAGUUACUGAUGAAACAGAAACACCCACUGAUCAAGAACCACCACCAGUAGUUACUGAUGAAACAGAGACGCCCACUGAUCAACAAACACCAACAGUAGUUAAUAAUGAAACAGAGACACUCACUGAUCAACAAACACCGAAAGUAGUUAGUGAUGAAACAGAUACACUCACUGAUCAAGAAACACCACCAGUAGUUACUGAUGAAACAGAGACACCCACUGAUCAAGAACCAACACAAGUAGUUACUGAUGAAACAGAGACACCCACUGAUCAACAAACACCAACAGUAGUUACUGAUAGAACAGAGACACCCACUGAUCAACAAACACCAACAGUAGUUACUGAUGAAACAGAGACACCCACUGAUCAAGAACCACCAACAGUAGUUACUGAUGAAACAGAGACACCCACUGAUCAACAAACACCAACUGUAGUUACUUAUGAAUUCGAAACCAGGAUACACACUGAUCAACUAACAAACACUGUAUCAAAGUUAAAAAAAGGAAGAAAGGCUACCUGCAAAACGAAAAGAAUAACGCAUGCCACUAAGAGUGUCCCAAAGGUCAGAACGAAAAUAUCAAACCAAAGAAAUCCUCCAUCUGAAGUGUCAUCUAUGUUAGUUGAUACAGAAUUUCAAAGUAGUGAUGACGACAUACCAUUGACACAAUUAAGACCGCAGUUUAUCACAGAUAAAAACACUAAACACAUUGAAGUUGACCACGAUUCUUUGUAUGACAGUGGUGACUCAUACAAACCCUCAAAAGAGGAGUAUAAUAGCAGUGACUCCAACUUGUCUCCCCCUGCAGCUGAUUCUGAAAGUAGUAUGGAAGAUUUGAUGUUGCAAGGGAAAAAGAGAAAAAAGAUUCUUAAAAAGAAACACACCAAACCGAUUUUGAAGAAGGCAGUUAGAGAGAAUACCUCAAAACCAAAAUAUUGCCGCACAGAGUUUGACAAGAACUUGGAAAAUCAAUCCGUUAGUAAGAACACACAAGAAAAUACAAACACACUUUUUUCAACCCAAAAAGCAGGAGCAACAAGUAUUCAACAAGAUAAAGAUGAAACAUGCCAUCAAAAUAAAAUGGCAGAUGAAAUUCUACAAACCCAAAAAGAAUCAACAGACCAAGUUGAUGACAUUGCAAUCUACACAGCAACACAAAUGAGUGUACAGGAAGCAGCAUUCAAUGAAUUUGUCAUGACUCACCACGAGAAAAAACUUGAUGAUCUUCUUUUUUUGAACGGUUAUGAAAGGAAGUCUGUAGACCCAGAUGGAAACUGUUUUUUUCAGUCAGUAUUGCAUCACAUUUCAAGCUCUGAUUCAGUACAAAAUUUCAGGCAAACAAUUUGUAAUCACAUCACUGACAACGCUGCGGAAUAUGUUGGAUUUUUUGCUAUUUCAGACAUGUCAGAAUCAUUUGAUGAAGACAUUGCCUGGAUCGAUUUCAGACAAGAGGUGGACUCACUAGCUAUCAAUGGAAGUUGGACAAGCAAGGCAGCUGAUCUUCUGCCACUUGCUGUAGCAAACUGGAGUGGAAGAACUAUUAAAAUCUUUACAAGCUUAUCUCAUAGACCAAUUUUGGAUAUAACACCAACAUUGCAUCACGAAACAAAAGGCGAUCCAAUCACUUUGGCUUAUAUUUCAUCCGAUAAUACCACUAUUUCUGAACACUAUGAUGCCUGCACUAAAAUUCGUAACAAGAACGUGUUUAUUCCGAAUAUUAGCGAGCCAGAGUUAGAAGAUGGACAAAACCAGCAAGAAGGCUUGGCACUUCCAGAUGAAAAUAUAAUGAGGGGAAAUGAAACAAAUGAAGACAAAAACGAUAGUCAGGACACCGAGAAGGAAUAUGAUUCAUUUUAUCAAAGUCCUAAAGAUGAUAGCUUUGAAGAGCCUUCUAACACUCCUCACAAACCAAAGAAAAAAGGUAGACCUAAAGGAACCCCUCCAAGAAAAGCUCCAAAUUUUAUUACACCACCAAAAAAGUCUUUAUUUAGAAAACGAAAAGCGACCCCUGAAACAUGGAAAAAGAAUAUUAGGAAAAAACUUAGACUUUCAGGAAAGGAGUAUAUUUCAGUGAAAGGAACUGUUGUUGAAGAAAAAAAAGUAAAACCUAUAGACUGUUCAAAAUGCACUUUUAAAUGUAGUUUUAGCAUAGACGACGAGCAUAGGCAGCAACUUUUCAAAACAUUUUGGUCUCUGGACACCAACGACAGAAAGAAGGAUUUUAUCAUCGCUAACACAACGCAAAAGAAAACCAGAACAUAUUUAGAUGAUAACAACGAACCUGUUCAAAAAAAGAAAAAUGUUCACAGAUCGUACUCACUAAACGUUGAUGGAAACCAUGUCAAAAUAUGCAAGAAGUUUUUUUUAACGACUUUAGGGAUCAGUGAGACCUUUGCAAGCAAUGCAUUGCAGAAUCAACAAGAUGGCGUUUUUAUUGGAGAAGAUAAACGUGGCAAACAUAUGCCCCACAACAAAACAACCAAAACAGCAAUGGAAUUGGUAAGACGGCACAUAGAGUCCUUUCCUGUAGUAGACGGACAUUACACUCGCAAAGAUUCAAAUCGGAAAUAUUUGGGAGCAGACCUGAAUAUAAAACGAAUGUACGAGUUAUACAUAGUACAAUGUAAAGAUCAAAUUCCUGAGAAAGAUAUUGUCAGUCAAGCUGUGUAUAGGAAAAUUUUCAAUGAAGAGUAUAACUUUUCUUUUCAUGUACCAAAAAAGGACCAGUGUGCAGUUUGCACAAUCUAUCAUCAGCGAAACAAUGAACGGACUCUUACAAAUGAUAUAAAGAAAGCAUACGAUAAACAUCAAGAAAGAAAAAUCAAAGCCAGAGAAGAAAAGAAAAAAGAUAAAGAGUCAGCAAAGAGUUCACCUGAACUUUUUGUGGGCACAUUUGAUCUGCAAGCAGUAUUGCAGACACCAUGCAGCUUAGUUAGUCAACUGUAUUACAUGAGAAAGUUAAACUGCUACAACUUGUCGAUUUACAAUUUGGCAAAUAAUAAGGCAACAUGUUAUCUUUGGUCUGAAGUAGAUGCCCAAAGAGGGUCCUGUGAGAUUGGUACAUGUCUCUAUCUGCAACUUUUAUCCAUGUCAUGUUCUACCACCCAUGCUAUAUUUUAUUCUGAUGCCUGUUCUGGACAAAACCGCAAUCAGUUUAUUGCAUCGUGUUUGUUACAUGUAGUUAAUACUCACCAAACAAUUAAAGUUAUCGAUCACAAAUUCUUGGAAAGCGGUCACACUCAAAUGGAGUGUGACAGCAUGCACUCAGCAAUUGAAUUUGCCAAAAAGAAAACCGAAAUAUUUGUGCCUCAACAGUGGGCAACAGUGAUGCGAAUGGCCAGAAGAAAAGAUCCUUACAUGAUUGUGCCCCUAAAAUACGAAGAUAUAUAUGACUUUAAAGAUCUUUCAAAGAAAAAUAUGAAAUUCAGAAAAGAAGAUGUUAACGGCAAAAAGAUCAAAUGGCUGAAGAUAAGAUGGCUAAGGUACACCAAAGAAAACGCAGACUGCAUUUUAUUUAAGUACAAGAUGGAUGAUGAAUUCCGCGAAAUGAAAGUCUCUCUGACAUCUACAAGAGGAAGGUCAACUGAAGAGUACCAGCUUGUAAAGAAAUACACGUCACAACAGUCAAUUUCAGCUGCAAAGAAAAAAGAUUUAGUUGGGCUUUGCAAAAAAGGAAUCAUUCCUUCUGAAUACCAUGAGUAUUACAAAUCAUUACCAGCUAACAUAAAUGUGAAAGACACUCUUGCUGAAACGGACGUUGAAGAAGAAAAAAAUGACUCUUACCAGGAUUAGACAUGUUAGAUAUGACAGUUGUAUGACAUUGGAUAUUUUAAAGACCAGAAUGCUGUAUCAGGAUAUUAUAUCUCUGUUUCAAUUUUGGUUUCCACGGAUUUUUCAAACUUACAUGUUUGCUUUAUUUUGUUUUUGAAAAAGAACUU